AUGGCUGGCUCAGACCACAUUGUCACAGAGUCGGUACCUUCUCAAGAGGGGACAAAGACCUCGGAGAAAGAAAUUGCCGAACAGGACGAUGUCGCACAAGUCGAGAGAGUCAUGUCUGGAGGAAGCGAACCGCACAAAGAUUUUAUGGACUUUGACCGAAUCGACAAAGAUGUUGCGAAGUAUGCCAGCACUGGACGUGUUGAGAUCUCUGAGGCAGAGAACAAACGAUUGAGGAGAAUGAUUGACAUGCGUGUUCUUGCUAUCAUGGUCCCAACGUAUUUUCUUCAAACUCUCGACAAGGGGACCAUGUCCUUUGCCUCAAUAAUGGGGAUUCGAGAAGACCUUGGUCUACAUGCUCAGCAGUACUCCUGGCUAACCACGUGUAUCUACAUUGCCGUGUUGAUCGUGGAAUAUCCUACCAACUGGACGAUUCAAAGAGUUCCAAUUGCCAAAUAUCUCAGUCUGAACAUCUGCCUAUGGGGCGCCAUUCUCGCUCUUCACUCUGUCGCUAAGAACUUUACUGCUCUGGUUACGUUGAGAACACUGCUCGGAAUUUUCGAAGCUGUCUGCCAGCCCAGUUUCCUGGUCCUGAGCAGCAUGUGGUACAAGCGAGAAGAACAAGCGGAAACAGUCACAUAUUGGUACAUGAUGAACGGAGGACAACAAAUCGUGGGUGGUCUCUUGGCCUACUGCUUUACUUUGAUCGAGUCCGGACCUCUUAAAUCAUGGCAAGCAAUCUUCAUUGCCUACGGUUGCCUUUCCGUUCUUUGGGGACUCUUCGUCGGCUAUUGGCUGCCAGAUAGCCCGAUGAAAGCCAAGUGCUUUUCAGAAGAGGAUAAAAGAUUGAUGGUCGAGAGGGUCCGCAGCAAUCAGACUGGGUUACAAAACAAGAAAUUCAGGCCAGAACAAGUCAAAGAGGCGUUUCUCGAUCCUCAGACCUACUGCUACUGCCUCAUCGCCAUCUGCACCACUCUUCCAACUUCGGGGCUGGGUGCCUUCGCAAACAUCAUUAUCACCGGAUUUGAUUUCACUGUGCUUCAAACGCAACUUCUCGCCAUGGUGCUCGGUGCCGUAAUUAUCAUAAUUCUACUCAGCUCGACGUGGCUCGUCAAAAGGACUGGCCAAAACUGUUUGGUCAUGGGAUUAUUUGUCAUACCGUCCUUCGUGGGGACCAUUGUGCUUAUGAGCGUGGAGAACCGCGAUACUGCCACGAAAGUCGGUCUUCUCAUCAGCUAUUACAUUGUGCUCUCGUUCUGGGCGGCCCAAACCCUGGCCAUGAGUAUGAUCUCUAGGAAUAUCGGCGGUCAGACUAAGAAAACUAUCGUGGUGACCAUGAAUUUUGUAUCCUGGUGCACCGGCAAUGCAAUCGGUCCCCAGGUCUUUCUGUCCUAUGAUGCACCACGCUACUUCAUUGCAUUCGCAACGCACAUGGGUUGUUACGUCCUGCUGGUAUUGGUCAUAGUCUUCCUUCGGUUCCAACUCGUACGUCAGAACCGCAAGAAAGACGCGUUGGCGUCUGCUGGGAUUCGGGAGGCCAAGGAUGAACACUAUGUGCACGCAUUUGAUGAUCUUACCGACCGGGAGAACCCCAACUUCCGAUACAUUUAUUGA